AUGUCGGACCCGGGUCGAGCACAGAUAAGACGUUGUUUUGAACAAGCCAUGAUCUCAAUUAGAACGUAACGAAUCGGUUUUUUGUUUAUUCACUGGUAUUUUAGAGAUGCACUCAAUCAACUCACCAGCUAUUGUAAGGAAAUGGAUCAUGGCAGUCGGCGGAAGUAUAUCAGCAAUCUGAUCGAGAAAAUCUGCAUUUCUGGAGGUGGGGAUUUGAAAAGGGUAUAAAAUAAAGGGUUUUGAUAAAUUUUAUUAAAAUUAAUUAACUGAUCAAAAAUUAAAAAAUUAGAAGGUGAAAAAGUAAAGUUUAGGUAACAAAGACAAUAAAAUUAUUAAAAAAUGAUCUUUUGACGAUUUUUUAGAUUGAAAAUUGGACAGAACACUUAAAAUUGAACUUGAAUUUAUUUAAAAAGUAUUUUUUAGUCGAUGAUCUCAAUUUGGAAACGUUAAAGGACCUCUUGGUGGCUAAGAAGACUCAAAUUAGAUCGUAAGUUUUUUUUUACAAAUUUUUAUUGGUUUAGGUCACGAUGCAUGACAUAAAAUUAAAUGUUUUGAUAAGGAAUUACAUAAAAGUUGUAAAAUAUAUUAAUUUUAGAGGUUUUUUGCAAGUUUUUUUUUGUUAUGAGUAUGACAAUUUUGUUCUGAAAAACAUUUUUAACAAGAUUCUAAUUUUAGCGGGAAAGAAUUCGAAGUCUUCGAAAGCCCAAACUGGCCCAACUACGAAUAUGACAAAGCAUCAAAAGCCAUCGUUCCAAAAGAGCGACAAGACUUGUUGGCCAAUGAUUUGGUUAUCAAUUCAUUUGUCAAAGAUCGAGUCAAAUACAUUUUCAAAAACCUAGCAGAUUCUCAAGGAUUUGACGAUCUAGAAUCACUACUUUGUUUGAAAGCAAAGAAAACCAAAGUAUUACUGGUCAUUCUGAGGGAUCUAAUGGAUCGAAUGUAUGGUCAAGAUGCGACUGGUCAAGUGGUACUGGAAGUCACAGAGAAGACCACGUUUGAAGAGAAUGCAUACUUUUUCUAUGGUGGUAUAUUCGUAUGUGAAGGCGAUUACCGUGACGGGAUUCUGACGAUUAAAAAGUUGACACUUCCUGUCUUGAAGCCUUUGAAUGAAAUGCCUAGUAUCGUACCUACUGACGUGCUAAAUCGACAACCGUUUGAUGCUCCGAAGAAUUCUGAUUGCAUUGUCAUUUUAAGCGAUGUAUUCUUGGAUCGACCGGAGGUAAUUUUGAGUUUUUUUUGAGGAUUUCAAGAGUUUUAAGUUGUUUUAGAGGUAUAGGAUGAGUCCUCGUGUUUUUGUUGGUCUUUGGGUAGUUUUUAAAAAUUUUUUUGUUGAUAUUGUUGUAGCUUUACAGUUUCUUUGUUAUUUUAUAUGACUUGAUGGUUAAUUGCGGUAUUUUAAAGGUUGUUAUAGAAGGUAUUAGUGAUCUUUUAUGUUAUCUUAGGUUGUAUAACAUGGGGUUAGAAAAUUAAACUUUUCUUUGCAAAAUAGCGUUUAAAACCUUUUAAAAAUCUAAAAUACUAAGUUUUUAUUGAAUCAAACAUGACUAACAUAACUUUUUUAGGUACACGAAGCUCUAAACCAAUUAUUUAUGGGCUACUCCGAGGCUCCACCGGCUAUGUUUAUAUUAUGUGGAUCUUUUCGCUCAAUAUACUUUGAUUAUUCAUUGUUCAGAGAUGUGGAAAAGGACUUUAAACAGCUGGAGGAGUUGAUAACUCGCUACAAUGAUGUCUACAAGAACACUCAGUUCGUACUCAUUCCAGGGCCGAGAGAUCCACCUUGUGGAGAUCGAUUACCAAGGUGAAUAUUUGGAUUUUAGAUGGGAUUGGGGCGUUUUUUAAUGAUAUUUUAAAAGUUCUAAUUUCUUUGGGGGUUAUUCUUAAAAUUUGCAAAUUUGUGAAAGUUUAGUCUUGAUGCGAAAAGAAUGGCGCGUUCUUUUUAAAGCCUAUUUUUGGUUUUUAAAAGCUAUUUUUGACUUAAAACAGUAAAAUAAAGGCUACAACAACAUAUUUUAGCAUUUUCAUGGAGACAAUAAAGCCAAUUUUCGAGAAUCGACCGAACGUCAAUCUGGUAGCAAACCCGUCGAAGGUGUUGUUCAAGAAUAAGGUAAUACAAGCCAUUCGAGAUGAUGUCAUUGAGAAGUUAGCCGGAGAAACGUUUCAUAUUAGUGAAAACUCGGAAAUUGGAGGAUCGGUAGGUCAACUUUUUGAUGUUUUGAUACUGUAAUAUUUGAUGGUAGGGUUGUAGAGCUAAUUAUUCUUGUUGGUAGUGAGUAUUAUGACCUUUAAGGUGACUGAAAUCGAGAAAAAAGUUAACAAAAAUUAAUUAAAAAACCUUGUUUUAGUACUCAAGAACAAUAUGGUCUCAGCGCAACGCCUUUCCAUUGCAUCCAAAAGGCUCUCCGAUCAACUAUGGCAACGUCUAUGAUUUCAUUGUAAUGCCAGAUCUCCUAAUAUUGGCUGAUGACUUCACAGCAUACAGGUGGAAACCCUCGGAAGACCAAGAGAACCAACAGUACAAGAUUGUGAAUCCGGGCAGAUUUGCUCAAGAACCCUUCAAGUUCAUGAUUUAUUACCCGAAGGAUGGUCGGACUGAGCUCAACUCUAUACAUUGA